AUGACCCGCCUCGCGUUCACCCUUCUCACCCUUCCCGUCCUCCUUUCCUUCCUUGCCUCCGCUCAAGCCGGCCCCGCCUGUGCCAAGAGGAACCAGGACUCUACCGACUGCGUCGAGGCCUGCAAGGGCAAGUGGGGAUGGCCUGGGUUUGCCAUGAACACCGACCGCUGGGGGUCUGUUGGAUCUGCCACCGGCACCUCGACCGAUGCUCUGACCGCCGCUGUGACCAAGGGUUGCCGCGUCCGCACGAGGUCCUCUUCGGCCCUCUCGUCUGCGACCGCACCCACUAGCUCUGCGACGCUUGUUGGAAACGUCGCCCUCACUGCAUCGGCUUCCACCGCGUCUGCUGCCGUCACAUCAUCCGCGUCCAUUGCUCCCCUCGCCAACUCCUCCAGCGCGAUCAACGCCACCCUCUUCCACAGCUCGACCGCGUCCUCCUCUCACAAGCUCACCGCACUCGCGAACACCGUCUCUUCAACUUCUACUAGCAGCUCUAAGCCCAGCACCACCUCCACAAAACCCGAGACCACGAGCACCACCCCCAAGACGACCUCCACCUCUAAGAAGGAGGAGACGACCGAAGCCCCGCCGACCACAAGCGCCAAGCCCUCCACCUCCACGAAGAAGGCCUCGACAACGAAGCAGGCACAGACCACACAGUCCUCCGGCAACUCAGGCAGCAGCAGCUCCGACGCGACCUCGCAGAGCGACAUCAACGCCUACCUCACUGCGCACAACUCCGUCCGCUCCCAGCACGGCGCUUCCGCGCUCUCCUGGAGCGACGACCUCGCCGCGUCCGCGCAGACCUGGGCCAACAACUGCGUCUUCCAGCACUCUGGAGGCAAGCUCGGCGCGUUCGGCGAGAACCUCGCCGCGGGCACGGGCAGCAGCUACGGGAUCAGCACCGCGUCAAGUCGUGGACUGACGAAGUUUGUGACCGACUACUCUUCCAGCAACCCCCAGGCGUCCCACUUCACCCAGGUCGUUUGGAAGGCCACCACUCAGGUCGGUUGUGCCGUCCAGUCUUGCGGCGGCAUUUUCGAUGCCAGCUUCGGGCCCGCCAAGUACUACGUGUGCGAGUACUUCCCUCAGGGCAACGUCAUUGGCGCGUUUGCGCAGAACGUCCAGGCCUAA